AUGUAUCUCCAUUUUUUUCUUUUUCCAUAUAUUUUUAGUUCCAUCAUUUCAAGCGACAAACAAAUGUCUGCGAUAAGCCCGUCGUCGUCGUCGUCGUCUGUUACGCUCGUUCCUAACAGCUUUCAAAAUGGAUUUUAUAAGAACGUAAAAGAUCAAUCAAACGAACUAUCAAAGAGCAACGUUCAACAAAGUAUAUUAGAUUUACCGGCCACUUUAAAAACAAGUAAUCAGGAUAACGCGUUUCUUCCUUUAACCAAUUUAAAAAGUGACAAUUAUCAAGAUAUUGUCAAUUUAUCUGCCAUCCAGCAAAGUGGUGUUCAAGAUACGUUGUUAAACUUACAAAACUCUUGGAAGAAUACAUUGGAAAAGAGUGUUAUAAAUAUACAAAAUAGCCCGACUAGUAGCAUUCCGAGUUCACUCUUAAAUUAUUUAAUAUCGAGAGAACCAAAAAAUAACGUACAGGAUGCCAUGUUAAAUUACAUAUUACCAACCGAAACGAGAUUAAAUUUAAAGGAUAACGUUCAGAGUAAGAUAGUUGAUUAUGUAAUGCCAGAGGAUUCUACGAAAGACAUGUUAAAAAAUAAUUUGCAAAAUACAUAUUUGAAUUAUAUAUUACAAGGAGAAGGGAAACGUAGUUUACCAUAUCAACCAUUACAAUCUGGGACCUUUAAUUACGUUCCAAUGGCAAUCCCUACGGAGCAAAAAUUAACUUUGCCAAUUAGCACAUUAUCUUCUGUGGCUAAUCCUAUGGAAAAUAUCAAUUAUAUUCCGAAGACGUCUUAUUUGAAUUUAGAUCCUACGAUGUCAUCACGUUUAACGUUGGGUAAGGAAUUAUUAUUAUUAUUAUUAUUAUUAUUAAUUUUUUUUCAUUUUUCUUUUUUUUUUCGAAAAUUCAUUUCUUUUCUUUUUAAUAGCUUACGAAUUUUCUUUUCUCUACACAUAUUGAUUAUUAUUUGACAUGU